ACUUCUUUUUUUCUUGUGUGUACACACGCACAAUUGAGCAUUCCUCGCUAGAUGUCUCAGGGCGAUGCGGCUGCGUUGUUUACCUACUCCGGCUAAGAUAGACACACCGCGUAGAUCCGGAAGCAGCUUCGGAUUGGUUGAUUUUCAUAAUAUGCAAAUCGAAGAGGAACGGCCCACUGAUCACCACUCGAAUGACGAAUAUACACUUAGUCUCUUCAUUUUGUCGGAUUUGGUCAGUUCCUCCAAUUGUCACAGUAUUAUAGACCUCGGCCGUUGUGAUUGACUUAACCUGAUUGAUUGGGAACAUUCACCAAUCUACUUUGAGCGCAGCAUCCUUGUGAGGAUGUAGCACAGGAACUUAGGCUCAUUUUACUGAUAUUACUUAUCAUCGGCACUGUGAUAUCCAGACGUCCGGCUUGUGUACAAAGCCAUCCGGUGUGUACACUAUUUGCUUGCUAACUGUUGACUUACACGCUUGCUUGUGCAUACGCAAUAAAUUCCUCCUCAAACCAAAGAAACAGCGUUCCCUAGUAUACGUGCAGCGCAUAUUUGCGGAAUAGAGAGACCCAGAUACGUCGAGAGGACGGAGUUCAUUUGUGUUUACCCUAGACACACACACAACUGCUUGUGUUUCUUUGUGUGCGAAAGUCCAGGAGGAUGAAUCCAAUGGAGCAACACUUGAAUUUGUCGCCCACUCCAACUGUGUUCUCCAGACAUGUGGGAGUGGAAUAUCUGCCUGGCCAUCCUCUACUGGACCGCUAUGGCUUUGAGUCAAACACACUGCCCUGUCGAGUUUCACAAGCCACUUGUUGGGCAAAUCCUUCCGAAUUAUCAUCGCAGCCGGAGUAUUCUGCAAGCGGUUGUCAGCCAGCCGAAGCAUCGAAGAUAGCAAGCUCCUCGUUUGUCCCACCUACGUGCGAUUUCUCCGGCCGGGGCAUUCACCACGCAACAGCCAGUCUACAUGGUACACAACCCACUGAAGUGGGGAGCCGGAUUUUAAACUUUCGGAACGAGAACAAGCUCGUAUAUGGUUCGGUAGCUCCGAUUUCAUCGCCCAUUUCAUGGUACACAUCCAUGACAGCGGGCACUGCUAUAUGCUCCAGGCAGACGUGGCCGUCAACUUGUAGCUUUUCAUGGUCGAACACCUCCGGCUUAGGUGGAUUCGAUUCAUCAGCAUGUUAUGUUUCGCCUGGCACCGCAGAUGAACGCAGAAGAGCGUUUUAUCCCCGACAGGAUAGCGGGUGUUACAACCAUGUUUUGAGCAACCCAGCAGAGGAAAAUGUGUCAAUGUGCCAAGAAAUUUCCCAGACGGAUCCUCUCCCAGGAACAAGCAGCAAUCUACUGACCUUCUUACGCUCAGGUAACAUGCGUACAAACGCACGCAACUUCCCGAAAUCAGAUAUGUUGAACUCUACUGAAUAUGAUCGUAAUUUUUGCCGCAGAACACAUGAGUACACAACUCAGGUGACGGAUUUUACCUCGUCGGUUCAAGUUCAUCUCGACAGCUCUGACUCUUUGUCAAUGUCCACUGGAGCAGCGUCAACACAAGAUGUAAGUCCUGAACAAGCAUUCCACAAUCAGUUGUGCAUUUCUACCUCGAUGGAACGCACACCGAUGUCAGAUGUGUACAAGUACGCUCAAUCGACUUACCUUCCGCAGUCACUUCAAACUUUAGUCCCAAGACCACCUUCAAUAUCCACAAGUCCCUCGCUGCUAAUGGGACGCGACUCCGCCGAAACUAGUUUCGAUACACUGGAGGGAACUCAGGUCGCAUCCGAGCAACAACCACCACAGUCAUGUCAUGCGAAACCACCUUAUUCUUAUAUCAGCCUGAUCACUAUGGCCAUACAAAAUUCCCCGGCUCGUAUGUGUACUCUGUCAGAUAUUUAUCAAUUCAUAAUCGACCUCUUCCCGUACUAUCGUCAGCACCAGCAAAGGUGGCAAAAUUCGAUUCGUCACUCCUUGUCAUUCAAUGACUGUUUUGUCAAGGUCUCACGGAGUCCAGAUAAACCAGGUAAAGGCUCUUACUGGACGUUGCAUCCGGACUCGGGAAACAUGUUUGAGAACGGAUGUUAUUUGAGACGUCAGAAGCGAUUCAAAGACCCGAAACGCGAGAUAAUCCGAAGGAAUCAACGUAUUUUAACACACUCUCAGGGGUUAGGAUCAGUAAAUACACCCCAUCACGAGGAAUGCGAUGAUAUUUCAGAUGGGGAUGAUACCAUGUCUGUGUUCGACGAAAGAUACUCGUUGCAGAGGAAGGAUAAAUCUUCCGGGAAACGAUCAUUAGCAAAUGAAUACAAUGGUGAACUGGAGAUUUGUCAAAAUCUAACCAGAAUCGAUUAUCUCCAGGCUGCAAUGCGGCUGACGGCCACCAAUCUGAAACAUGAUGGUACUGGUGCAACUGCUGUAACUCCGUUUUCUCAAGCCACACCGAUGUACAUGGCUCGUUCGGUGGUUCAUAGUCAUCCGAUAGAGAGUGAUGGACUUCAAUUUUCGUGUCCGUGUUUGUGCGAAAACAUUGAGGGCACUGAGUUGCACACUGCUUCUCGAGCUGGACCAGUUACCUGGCACGAAAAUGAAUGGAUGCAACCUAAUUUAGCGCGCUCUGAAUCGUAUAACCAUACACACAAUUUAAAGUGUUCCGGCUGUUCCGGUACACGUUGUCCAGUGUCACAGUCGGUUCCUCAUUCAGAGUACAGGUGGUAUGCUUCAGAGCAUGCCGUUUUCCCUGGACCUUAUGACUGUUUGGUUAACUCAAGCAGUAAACACCUACCUUUAACCCAAGAACACAAAGGAAGAGGGUCAGCACUCUACUCAGGUUCAAUUUAUGAUUCGUGCUCAUUCGAUCUGACGGCGGAUUUGACUACGAUUUCCCAGUGUGGCCUUGUUCCAGACUUAACAGAACCAUACCUACAGACGAACAGUCCAGUUACCAAAAACAAGUGUCGGACGACGGAGAAGUGUCAUCCGAACUCACUAGACACUGUAGUAUUACCACAUGACUCUUUGUACACAUCUGCACAAGUCAAGCAACACACAACCAGUUACACUGCAAAGCGACCCAGGCGAACAGUUGUGGACCAAGACAGCACAACCAAGGAAUGCACAACGGAAAUUGUUCAACCAGCGGUAACUAGGCAAGAUGGCAUGUUAUCAACAGACGAACUAAUGAGGGGAUUGGUGCCCACAUGGAUAUCAAAUCUCAGCCCGCAUAACCCUUGGCUCACCGGACGCUCGCAUGACAAUACAGUGGAAUCAUCCAUCAAGCUUGAAGUAUUCCAUGAGAGACACGAUCCGAGUAGCCCAAAUUUCUCCAUAGAUCGUUUGAUGCACAGACGGGCAAUCGGAGAGCAGAUUGGAGGUGCUCACCACGGUGAACGUGGGACUAAUGUGGUGCGUGAAGCAGAUAAUGUGGAGAUUAUUACGGGAAUACCGAAUUUCCCCAGCUCAAUCGGGCCAAGCCUAAGCAAAUCCACCUUGUGUGUUGUCAAUGACUGAAAACAGCAGCGUGGUUGAGGUCUAAACGCCAUGCUCCGUUGAAUGACAGCAAGAAAGAUACGUAGUCAAAUGGUUCCUUCAUUCUCCCGCUCAAUCUGUACAGAAGCCACCAAUCCGAAAAUCGUCGAAUAGCGUCCAAAUCGUCAUAUCUCGAGCUGCAUUUCAUUCAAACUUUGUGGUUUCCACUCCAACACACUGUAUGCCGUCAUGUAGCUGAGUCCCUCUUUGCAAUUUCCUCACGUUAUUUAGGAACCAAAGGGAGUACAACUCCUAAGCACGCUGCUCAUAUCCUACCUUUAUUAUGCAUCAUCUGCGAAGUAUCUGGAGUGAACUUCAAAAUCUCACAUCCGAUUUCUGUUCUGAUGAUUGUGUAUUUCAAUAUGCUACACCUGUUAAAAUGGUGUGUUCAUGCGGUGAAUGUACAGACUUCUACUCAUAAUUCCAAGAUGUCUAACAAAUGUCACAUUGAAUAGUGACUCAUUAUAUCUUAUUAUUUUGCUCAGAAUUAGCAGUUUUUCGCGUAUGGCGCUUUCAUAUUCAAAGACUGUACGACUAGCUUGAAUUCCCCAGCCUGAAUAUAAGAUGACUGUAAAG